UGCUUCGCAAUGUGCACGGUUCGCGGUGACACCCGGUACGGAGCCGCGCAGGCUGGACGAGAGCAGGCUGGACGAGAGCGCACCAUGGCCUUGGUGACCUUCGAGGACGUGGCAGUGCGCUUCACCCAGGACGAGUGGGCUUUGCUGGACCCUUCCCAGAAGAGUCUCUAUGGAGAUGUGAUGCUGGAGACCUGCAGGAGUCUGACUUCUGUAGGCAUAAACGGGGAAUGCUGGGAUUUGGAAGCUUAUUUCAGAAGUCUAGAGAGAAAUCUGAGAGUCCAGGUGGUAAAGAGAGACUGUGAACUUACAAACAAUGGCCCAUGUGGAGAAGCAGUUGCCCAGCCAAAGCUUCCUGAAUGUCACACCAUCAGUCAGUCAUCCCUGAAGAGACACACUACAUCCAACUCUAAAUACAGACCUUGUGACUAUCAGAAAUACGUAAAGAAAUACUAUGAAUGUAAAAUAUGUGAUAAAGCCUUUACGUGCCUUGGAUCCCUUAAAAAACAUAAAAAGACCCACGCUGGAGAGAAACCCUACAAAUGUAAGUAUUGUGAGAAAGCCUUCAGUUACCACUACUGUGUUGAAAGGCACAUGCUAACUCACAAUGCAGACAGGCAUAAAUGCAAGGUAUGUAGAGAGGCAUUCCCUAAUGCCAUUGCCCUUAGGGAACAUAAAACAAUUCACUCCGGAGAGAUACCUGAGUGUAAGGAAUGUGGAAGAAUGUUCUGGACUUCCAGUUCCCUAGACAUGCAUAAAAGGCUUCAUACAACAGAAAAACUUUUUGAAUGUAAACACUGUGGGAAAGCCUUCAUGAGGUACUGUUCUUUUCAGCUGCAUAAAAGGACUCACACUGGGGAGAAACCUUAUGCGUGUAAGCAAUGUGGGAAAACCUUCAGACAUUCCAGCCAUGUUCAAGCACAUAAGCGAAUUCACACUGGAGAGAAACCUUACGAAUGUAUACAGUGCGGGAAGACAUUCACCUCUGGCCACUGUGCAAGAAGACAUUUGGGGACGCACAGUGGGGCCUGGCCAUACAAAUGUGAGGUGUGUGGGAAAGCUUAUCCCUAUGUCUAUUCCCUUCGAAACCACAAAAAAAGCCACACCGAAGAAAAACUUUAUGAAUGUAAACAAUGUGGGAAAGCCUUUAAAUACGUCUCUUCCUUACGCAACCAUGAGACCACUCACACUGGAGAGAAGCCUUAUGAAUGUAAAGAAUGUGGGAAAGCCUUUAGCUGUUCCAGUUACAUUCAGAAUCACAUGAGAACACACAAAAGACAGUCCUAUGAGUGUAAGGAGUGUGGUAAGGUGUUCUCGUAUUCCAAAAGUCUUCGGAGACACAUGACUACACACAGUUAAUUGGAGAGGGAUAGUUUUAAAUAUAACUUAAAUACUUAGAUAUAUAGAAAAGCUCCACACAUUCCAGUUCCCCAUUUAAAACAACAAAAAAAAAACACAGUGGAAAACGAGCCUGUGAAUGCAGUGCAUGUGCUGAAGUCAGUACGUGCCAGUUUGAUGUGCCAAAGCCCUCUAAGUUGAAAGAAUAUCGGGAAGCAUUUCAGCUCUGAGGAUUUACUGAUGACUUCUGCAUAGAGAACCUGGGAACACUUUCUGUCCAUCCUUGCUACCACUCAUGGGAAGACAUGCUGAAGAGAGAAAAAUCUAUGGCUGUUAGCCUCUCCCACUUUACCUUGAAUUUUUAGCAGUGUGGGAAAGUCUUAAGUAAUGUGCACCUUAUUAUGUGUGUAAACCGCCACAGACCCAAGCUCUGUAAACGGAAGAAAUAGCUGGGCUCUUCCCAAGUUAACAGAUGUUUCCAAACCCAUGAAGCGAGUUCCCAAGUCUCAUGAACCUGUGAAGUAUAAAGCCUGCUGAUCCCAGUGCUACCUAGAAGCCACCGUGGGAAAAUGGCUCUCCUCUGGUUUCUCUCGGUUGCUCACUGCUAAAUGUGUCAGGAUAUUGUGGACUUCUGAUUCUUAGUCAUAAUUCUGUUGGUAUUUUUGGGUUUAGUUUUGUUUACUCUUCAAUUUCAAAUGUGUGUACUGUCUUGAUUAUAUCUACCCUGUCACUGCAGACACUCCUCACUGUCUCCCUUCCGCCUUCGUGUCCAUUCCCUACCCCAUCCCCUUUUCUUUUUUUGUAAUCCAUUGUCUGAUGCUCAAGGCCAAAGCUUCCAUGUGUUGAGGAAUGAAACAGCUGUACCCUGUCCAGGGAGGAGCACACUCCCAAUCCUCAGAUCCUACAUCUUUCAGCCCCUUUGUGGGUUUUAAGGAAUCAUUUCUGGGUGGUUUUAGUAUCUAUUUACUGGGGGCAGAGUGAGUCAGGCUGAAAUACCCAUGUUCAUCUGAACCUAUCAGGUUCCAGUUGCAGUCUCCAAUCUAAGUGGGACCAUAGCUGUCACCCAGGCUGUGUGUGUAUUCAAUAGAAAUAUUUUUUUACUUGUCAACAAAAUUUUAUUUAUUGCUUCUUAACAAAGUUAGAUCCUAUAAGUAAACUGAAAUUAUUUCAAGGGCCGGCAAGAUGGCUUGGUGGAUGAGGGUGCUUGCUGCCUACCCUGAUGACUUGUGUUCAAGUCCUAGAAAAGGUGAAAAGGACCAACUCCUUUUUUUUUUUUUUUUUGGUUUUUCGAGACAGGGUUUCUCUGUGUAGCCCGGGCUGUC